AUGAAGCAGGCUGCAGAUGGCAGUAGCCAGCCAGAAUCUGGAGUGCAGCACUCCAGAUACUGGCUGGCUACUGCCGAGGAUUGUUGGUUCCAGGAUUUAGUACCUGAAGGAGAACAAGUGUCAAGUGUGAAAUGUUACUUCACAGACCAUAGGGAAAAACAGUCACCAACAGAUAGGGCCACUCUCAGCUCGGCCAACCCCGAGUCCACAGAGGAGAGUAUAGAAGUACGCUAGCCAGGGACUGUAAAGAGGGAGGCGUCAUCUCCACAACCAGAGCCAGCCAUCCCCUACCAAAAGGACAUCUGUUUUGCCUCCAUGGCCCAGGGAAUGCUGGAGAGCAGCUCUCCAUCAUCCCAGUCCUACUCCCAGUAUCAGUGCUGCAACUCCUGCCUGUAUGGUGACAAGGACUCUGCCCAGCAAAGCAUGAGUGCCUUCUACACUCACUUCCAGACUGUGCAGAGUGUAGCCAUGGUCUGGGAGACAGAGGCCAUCUUCCAGCUGGUCAGCAGGAAGCCCUGCAUUCAGGUAGCCAAGUUCAUCAAGAAGCAGAGCAGGAAAAGAUUCUCCUUUGAGAUGACUUCCAACACCAUCCUGUGCUGGGAGCUGGAAGCCAGCAAGAACAACUGCUGUCGCAAACAGGAUGACAUGAAGUUACUGGGCCUUCAGAGAGCUGCCUACAGGAGCUGUGUGGCCUGUUGCCAGGGCUUCCUCAUGCUAGAGGUGCUGCUGAAGCAUGCUCAGUAUGGCAGCCAAGAAAGCUUCAGCUGCAGAUAG